AUGGCCUCCCGACCCCAGAACAUUGGCAUCAAGGCCAUUGAGAUCUACUUUCCCAGCCAGUAUGUCGAACAGACCGAGCUCGAGAAGUUCGAUGGCGUCAGCACCGGCAAGUACACCAUUGGCCUCGGCCAGACCAAGAUGAGCUUCUGCGAUGAUCGCGAGGACAUCUACUCCUUCGCCCUCACCGCCACCGCCAACCUCCUCAAGAAGUACAAGAUCGACACCAACUCCAUUGGCCGCCUCGAGGUCGGUACCGAGACCAUGCUAGACAAGUCCAAGUCGGUCAAGUCCGUCCUGAUGCAGCUCUUUGGCGACAACACCGACAUUGAGGGUAUCGACACCAUCAACGCCUGCUACGGCGGCACCAACGCCGUCUUCAACACCGUCAACUGGAUCGAGAGCUCCGCCUGGGACGGCCGCGACGGCAUUGUCAUCGCCGGUGACAUUGCCCUCUACGCCAAGGGCAACGCCCGUCCCACCGGUGGUGCCGGCGCCGUCGCCCUCCUCAUCGGCCCCAACGCCCCCAUCGUCAUGGAGCCCGGUCUGCGAGGCAGCUACAUGCAGCACGCCUACGACUUCUACAAGCCCGACCUGACCAGCGAGUACCCCUACGUCGACGGCCACUACUCCCUCACCUGCUACACCAAGGCCCUCGACGCCGCCUACCGCGCCUACUGCAAGCGCGAGGCCAAGCAGGCCACCAACGGCACCACCAACGGCGACUCUGCCAAGACCAGCCUGGACCGCUUCGACUACCUUGCCUUCCACGCCCCCACCUGCAAGCUCGUCCAGAAGUCGUACGCCCGCCUCCUGUACCACGACUACCUCGCCAACGCCGACUCCCCGGCCUUUGCCGACGUCGCCCCCGAGCUGCGCGACAUGGACUACGAGAAGUCCCUGACCGACAAGGCCGUCGAGAAGACCUUCAUGGGUCUCACCAAGAAGCGCUUCCAGGAGCGCGUCAACCCCGCUAUCCAGGUCGCUACCCUGUGCGGUAACAUGUACUGCGGCAGCGUCUGGGGUGGCCUUGCUAGCUUGAUUAGCAUGGUCGACAACAAGGCUCUCGAGGGCAAGCGCAUUGGUCUCUUCAGCUACGGUUCCGGCCUGGCUGCCAGCUUCAUGUCCUUCCGCAUCAACGGAAGUGUCGAGAACAUCUCCAACGUCCUGGACCUCCCCAGCCGUCUCGAGGCCCGCCGUUCCGUCUCCCCCGAGACCUACGACCAGAUGUGCGACCUCCGAAAGCAGGCCCACCUCCAGAAGGACUUCGUCCCCAAGGGCGAGAUCUCCACCAUUGCCCCCGGCACCUACUACUUGACCAAGGUCGACGACAUGUUCAAGCGAGAGUACGCCAUCCAGGCAUAA